AUGAUCAAUGCCUUGGUUACUGUUGGCUUGUUACGACAAGAUAUCAUAGAUAUUGAAAAAGCACCAAAACAGAUGUCUUGCAUCGCAAAGGAUGAUCCAAAUUAUUUUUCAAUAUCAGUGAUAAGCGAACAGCACGGUAAAACGAUGGAAGGAAUUAAAGAAUUGAAAGGGCAACCGAUAAUAAAGAUCGGAAAUACUUCAGCCGUAUUAAUAAAGUGUGAAGAUGCAUCACUUUCCACUGAUCAGCGAUUGGAAAUGGACCAACAACAUAUAAUCGAUUAUAUUCGGGAGGAAUUAGAUUUGGAUAAUGAAGCCAGCAGCCAUGACAACAGCAACACGAAUUACAGUAGUAGCAAUUGCAAAAACCGUAACAAUGGUGAUGCUAAUGGUGUUGUGACGGUAGACUCGAGUAAUCGAUAUCGAUAUGCACCAGCAAAAAACAAUAAUUCAAAAUCCAGUGCUCGGUGUAAUCAGAAACUUCAGCAGCGAUCUACUAGUGUUUGGAGUCAAGUGUAA